AUGAGCACUGAUAUGCGAAGACCCAGUUUGGACGGCCGUAGUGACGGUCGUAGUACUGAUGAAGACACUCCACUGCUGUCAGCACCUAGAUAUUCUCCCAUGGCAGCACCAGCAGCAACAUCAUCCACGUGCUCUUCAGCAGAACCUAGGAUCCCCAGGGUGUCCGAUCGAUUCUGCACGUUCGAACCGAUCCUGGUACUGCUCUGCUUCGGGAUCAGUGUGUCAGGCGUGGUGUUGGCGGAUCAAAUUAUCUAUCAAUCGUGCGUCGUUACCCUCGGAUAUGACCGCGCACUGUGCGCCCAGCUGGGCACCAAGAGCAACUCCACUGAGGUUGCUCAGCUGGAAACGAUAGUGCAACCGUUUGCGGCCAGAAUUGGAAUGGUGAACACCAUUUUGAUGUCCGUUCUACCUGCUCUGUGUGCGCUCUUGAUGGGACCGUGGUCGGAUAAAUAUGGCCGCAAGCCAGCAAUGAUAGUGCCGUCGGUGGGAUUUAUCACAACGUACGUCAUGAUCGGGAUAUUGUCGCUACUAUCGAAGCGCUUCCUAGUAGAUCCUUGGUGUUAUGUGGUCGCGCAUAUUCCUGCUGCUAUUCUCGGUGGCCCCACGGUGCUUAUGGCUGCCAUUUUUAGCUAUCUCACCGACACCACAGAGGAAUCUAAUCGAACGGUGCGGAUGGGCAUUUUACAGGCGUGCACGAUGCUUGGUGCCUUCGUCGGAUUGCUGUCGAGUAGUUUCAUCCUUCAGUGGACCAAUGUGCCGACCAUGUUCUUCCUUUCCGCCGCUGCAGUCGCGAUCAGUUGUGGCUUUUUGUACUACUGUCUAGAGGACAGCAUCAAACCGGAUGCAAGCAUGGUGCACCGACAGGUUAGGGAAAUCUUUCGGUUCGAUCACCUACUUGAUCUACUGAGAACGUUCUUCAAAAAGCGAUCGUCAUAUGAUCGAGGCAUCGUUUGGCUGACGAUCGCAAUCGGCGUGGUCACCGUUCUCGGGACAGGCGGUGGGACGGUGUUUUUUCUCUAUACGCGACGCCGCUUUGGCUGGACGAUACAGGAAUUCACCAUUUGGCAGGCGGUGGAACUCUUGUCAAUCGUGGCUGGCAACGUGAUCGGUAUAUCAGUCUUAAAAUCUCUGUUAAAACUACCGGACAUAUGGUUGGCUCUGCUCUCCGUGGUCAACUACUCGCUCGAUGCACUAAUAAAGGGGCUCGCGCAACAAGGAUGGCAACUCUUUCUGGCAACAGGAAUCACUCCUUUAAAAGCAACCGAGGGUGCUGCAUUGAUGGCAAUCUGUUCGAGCAUAAUUCCGUCUAACGAAAUUGCCAAAUUUUACUCGAUUGCAAUGGCCAUGACGAACACCGUUUCGUUGGCUUCUGCCCCACUGUUCACGUACAUCUACAACGCUACAGUAGCAUCUGCCCCGCAAGUAUUUAAUUUCGUAUCAUCUGGUAUAUUUUCAGUCAACGUGUUGCUGGUUGGAACCAUUGCUGUGUUGCUGCGCAAACGAAGGAAAGCUCAAGUCGAGCCGCUGUUUAAUCAAGAUAGCGAAAUCUUAACCUAA